AUGGCUAAGCGCGUGCAUGAAGUUUGGAAAGGAAGAAAUAAAUUUUUUCUUGGCGGGAGGUUGAUUUUUGGCCCUGAUGCUAGGUCAAUGCUUGCCACCUUAAUGCUAAUCAUCGUCCCUGUCAUUAUCUUUUGUGUUUUCGUUGCUAGGCAUCUUCGCCAUGAGUUUUCAUCAUAUAAUGCAGGAUAUGCAAUUCUGGUUGUGGCAAUCAUCUUCACUAUUUAUGUAUUGGUGCUUCUUCUUCGUACAUCAUCUCGGGAUCCAGGUAUUGUUCCCCGUAAUUCACAUCCACCAGAAGAGGUUCGAUAUGAAUCUUCAGCGUCGAUGGAGGUUGGUGGAAGACAAACACCAAACCUCCAUUUCCCUCGAACGAAAGAAGUAAUGGUUAAUGGGAUCCCUGUCAAAGUUAAAUACUGUGAUACCUGCAUGCUGUAUCGCCCUCCUCGUUGCUCGCACUGCUCCAUUUGUAACAACUGUGUGGAGCAUUUUGAUCACCACUGCCCUUGGGUGGGUCAGUGUAUAGGAUUGCGGAACUACCGCUAUUUCUUUUGUUUUGUUGCUUCUGCUACACUUCUUUGCAUCUACGUAUUUGCCAUAUCUGCUUUUUACAUCAAGGUUCUGAUGGAUGACUAUCAGAGCACAGUCUGGAAGGCAAUGAAAGAAUCUCCUGCAUCUGUGAUUUUAAUGGUCUAUUGUUUUAUUUCCCUGUGGUUUGUUGGUGGACUAACUGGCUUUCACUUGUAUCUGAUAAGCUCGAAUCAGACAACCUACGAGAAUUUCCGAUAUAGAGCUGAUACCCGAAUCAAUGUUUAUGAUCAUGGUUGUAUAAAUAACUUUCUCGAAGUGUUCUGUACGAAGGUGAAACCUUCGAAGAACAACUUCCGAGCCUUUGUACAAGAGGAGGCCCAAAGAUCAACAACUUUUCCUGCCACCCGGGAAGCUGAAGCAGAAGAUACAGGUGACCGUCGCAUGAAGGUAGAAGAUGAUAUGGACAUAGGUGGAGAUCUUUUAAAGAUCUCCCAGCGUCAUAAUAUUGAAGACAUAGAAGCUGAUAUUCGUAGCAGAGGGAGUGAUGUGCCACAUCAUAAUUCGUCGGAGGCUGAUUCUGCUCUCGGUUCUGAUAGACGAGGCCCCGCUGUGCAACCUGACACAUGGCACUCGAGUUGGGGGAGAAGUAGUGGUAGCUGGGAGAUCGCAACCGAGGUCGUUGGCACAAAUUCAAAUGUCAUGGAAAUUAAAAGUCAUGCUACUCCUAAAGAAGAAUACCAAUGA